AUGGCUAUCUUUGAUAUUCACCACCCGUGGGCUUUCACUUUUGGUGUCAUAGGUAACAUUAUAUCAAUCUUUGUGUACCUUGCUCCAGCGCCCACCUUUAUACGAAUUUGCAAGGAGAAAUCAACGAUGGGAUUCGAUUCACUCCCUUAUGCAGUAGCACUCUUCUCAUCCAUGCUAUGGGUUUAUUAUGCAGUCCUCAAAACUAAUGCCCUUCUUCUAAUCUCAAUCAACUCAUUCGGCUGCAUUGUUGAGACUGUUUACCUCAUCCUCUUCCUCAUUUAUGCAUCCAAAAAAUCCAGGAGCCAGACGGCAAAGCUUUUGGGGCUUAUGAAUGUGGGAUUACUAUCUCUAAUAUUCCUGGUCACAUUCUUCAUAUUCCAUGCUCAUAUCCGCGUGCAAGUCGUGGGAUGGAUUUGUGUUGCUGUUUCUGUGAGUGUUUUCGCAGCACCCAUGAGUAUUGUGUACCAAGUGGUCCGAACACGUAGCGUGGAGUUCAUGCCAUUCACCUUGUCAUUUUUCUUGACACUAAGUGCAGUCGCCUGGUUUGCCUAUGGUUUGUUCCAAAAGGAUUUAUGUGUAGCACUCCCGAAUGUAAUCGGGUUUGGAUUGGGGGUCUUACAAAUGGUGCUAUAUGGGAUUUUCCGAAACAUGAAGCAGCCAAGAGGCGGUGACGAUGAGGAGAAGAAAGUGGUGGACGCUGCAGUUUCAUCAGUUUCCCCAACAGUACUCCAUUCCCAUAACAAAACUAGCAAUGAUGAUGAUGAUGAUAAAGAUAAUGGUAGUCAUGUUGUGGUGGAGGAAGAAGAGAUUCAUCAUAUACAACAAGUUGAUGAUCAUGGUCAUGUAAUGAAUGUUGAGCCAACUAUCCUACCCCUCCAAUCCCCUCCUCUACUUGUUGUAUCUGUGGCUUAA